GCUGAUAUUAGUGGCUACCUUCUUUAGUGGUUGUUCGGUUGGUUGUGUAUCCGGCGUUUGGUUGGUGUCAGUGACGUCAAUACCACUCCCUAGCUACACCCUGGUCAAGGGCCCAGAACCCCUCGCCGGAUGGGAUUGCGACAAAUUGCAUGGAAUUGCCUUAAAUCCCAUUCUCUCGUGACUUGCAUUUGCCGAAUGGGGAUAAGUCUGGGAAUCCUGGACGACCAGAGUAUCACAAUUGACCUAUCUACAUGACGUACAUACCCAAAAGCAGGUUGAGGGAACUCAACCCCUCUCUUCCUCCCCCUUCUCCUGACGGAAGCGAGGGCCAGUUCGGUCGACUACAUAUAGCCUUCUGAUUCCCUCUCUCAUCCUCUUCUUUUUCUUCAUCAAACAUCAUCUUCACACACUCAAACCAACGAACCAACAAACAAACCAAACUCAUUCAAAAUGGAGACCAUCAAGAACGCCGCAAACUACGUCAGCGAGACCGUCCAGGGCAAGGGCGCCGAGGCUUCCAAGGAGGCCAACAAGUCUGUCGCCAAGGACAGCGACGCAUCCCUCUCCAGCCGCGCCACCGCCGCUAAGGAUGCUAUCGGAGACAAGUUCAACGAGACCAGCCACAACACCCAGGCUGAUGUCCACAAGGAGGCCGCUAAGCACUGAACAACUCGAGAGUUCAACUGAUCUCCAGUCACGAAAUCAUGACUAGGGUCGAUGGGCGGGUGGCAUUCCCGGAAUAGGAGGACUUAAUGGCGCCUGUAUGAUUAGCUAGGAUUGGAAAUCUAAGCCCAUUCAUGCCACCUUAAUUAUUAUACUUCUGAACAAUGCUUGUGAUUGAACUGUAACAAAAAGAAACUGGGUUUCGUAACAAAACGUAAUUUGAUUGAAAACAUUAUUGCUCCCACACGACUCGCUAAUACUUUCAUGUUAAAUAAUCAAAUCUUGUCCUCUUCUGAGCUCUUCCCCGCCACCACGUCAACGUGAUCAAACUCCCCAGACCUUUUCUCGGUCUCCAUGGGGAUUUCGGAUUCGGCAUCUCUUUCCGCCUUCUUGGUUUCUCUUCUGUGAAGGAACAUUCCAAGCAUAAAGACUGCCCAAAAGAGACAGAGUAAGACGGUAUUCACAGUGUAGCCCUUUCUCCAUUUGGGUGCUAGAGAACGUUAGUAUCUCUUCGUGGCGGGAAAGUAUGAUUCAAUCUUACCUUCAACCACUGGGAACACUGUGAUUGGGUAGAAUGAGAAGAAAGCCCAUCCGACAGUCAUCUGG